UAUUCAGUUACUGAAGGAGUUGAAAGUUAAUCAUUACCUGCUUUCUAUUUCAUGGCCUCGUAUUAUGCCCACUGGUAUUAAAAAAGAACAGGUGAAUGAAAAGGGUAUAAAGUUCUAUAAUGAUACAAUUAAUAGUCUUUUGGAGAACAAGAUUAUCCCUAUUGUGACCCUCUACCACUGGGAUCUUCCACAGGUGCUCCAAGAAAAGUAUGGUGGGUGGCAGAAUAUAAGCAUGAUAAGUUAUUUUAAUGAUUAUGCAAAUCUGUGUUUUGAGAAGUUUGGCGAUCGUGUGAAAUACUGGAUUACUUUUAAUAACCCUUGGGCAGUUGCUGAAGAAGGCUAUGAGACAGGAGAGCAUGCACCAGGACUGAAGCUCAGUGGAAUAGGGGCAUACAAAGCAGCACAUCAUAUCAUUAAAACUCAUGCAAAGGUCUGGCAUUCUUAUAAUAAGACAUGGCGUAGCAAGCAACAAGGUAUGGUUGGAAUUUCUUUAACUAGUGCCUGGGGUGAACCUGUUGAUCUAACUAGCCAGAAGGACAUUGAAGCUGCUGAAAGAUACGUACAGUUUUACUUGGGAUGGUUUGCAAAUCCUAUUUACAGUGGAGACUAUCCUGAAGUUAUGAAGAAUUAUGUAGGUAGAAAAAGUGCUCAACAAGGCCUGGGCAUGUCAAGAUUACCAACCUUCUCAGUGCAAGAGAAAAGCUACAUUAAGGGUACAUCUGAUUUCCUGGGAUUAAGUCAUUUUACCACUCGUUACAUUAUACAGAAAAAUUAUUCCGCCCUCAAAGGGCCCAGUUACCACACUGAUCGUGAUUUGGUAGAACUGGUUGAUCCAAAGUGGCCAGAUCCAGGAUCUAAAUGGCUAUAUUCUGUGCCCUGGGGAUUUAGAAGGUUACUCAACUUCAUUAAGACACAGUAUGGGAAUCCUCUCAUUUACGUAACAGAGAAUGGAGUUUCAGAAAAGCUGCAGUGUAUUCAGUUGUGUGAUGAAUGGAGAAUUGAAUAUCUGAAAGGGUAUAUUAAUGAGCUGCUAAAAGAUCCCUUGACUACUCACAUGGAAAUGGUGACUGAAAUUGUUGUACCAACGGUGUUCACACUCUGCAUACUUAUCAGUGCCAUUCUAUUAAUGUUCCUUCUUCGGAAGCACAACUAAAAC